CUUGACUUUUGCCCCUCGUCUUCUGACACCACAUGCAUAUUCCUUUUAACCAUUUUCUAGCGAUCUCUGUUUAUGCAAAUUGCAGGUAGAGAGGUUUAAUUUGUUGAAUCCGUUAAUUCCAAUAGCAGCAGCAGCAGCCGCCGCCGCCGCCAUGCCACACGUCUCCGAUUUUCAAAUCCACAUUAAUGGUCAGCAAACAUUCUUCGUCAGCGAGGAGAUUUUAUCAACAUAUUCGGCAAGGUUGAAGAAGAUCAUCAAGCAAGAAAGGAGAGGAACCAAGAUCAAGAAUUCCGGUAUCAAAAUCAAUGACUUUCCCGGAGGCCCCGACGGGUUUGAGUUGGUUUCUCGAUUCUGUUACAACAAUGGGAGAAUCACGCUCACAGUUUCAAACGUGUGCCUCCUCCACUGCUCUGCAAUCUUCCUCGGCAUGACCGAGAACCUUGCACCCCGCAAUUUGUUGCAGAAAACAAAUACUUUUCUCGACGGACUUUUCGAGUGGUCGUUGAAAGACGUACUAGCCUGCCUGAAGAGCUGCCACUCGUUCUUCGACUACGCAGAUUCGUCCGGUCUUUUAGACAAACUCAUUACUGCACUGCUAACAAAGAUCGCUCAGAAUUCUGACGUAAGCAACCUCAUUGCCUUGUCGCCUUCGUCUUCUCCGGAAACUGCAUCUGGGUUCAGACUCUCUUCCAACACCCCAAAGUCGAUCAGGCCGAGCUCGUCCAGCAGAGCGUGGUGGUUCAACGAUGUGGCUGUUCUGCCACCAAAUAUCAUUGCAAAACUCCUCCAGAUUUUAGGUGCGUACGGACCCAAAAACAACAGCCUGAUCCUCACCAGAUUCCUCCUCCACUACUUGAAAAUCUCAGCCCAGAGAAAACCCGGGAACUCGAAAUGCGAGCUCGGGACGCUCGCAGACACGGCGGUUCACGGCGUGAUCUUGGUGGGCAAAAAGGUGUUUUCAUGCAGAGCUCUGUUCUGGGUUCUGAGGAUUGUGUCUGGACUUGGAAUUAGCAAAGAGUACAAAGUUGGGUUGGAGAGGUUGAUUGGUGGGAUGAUCGAUGAAGCCACGCUGGAUGAUUUGCUGGUGUCGGGGCACGACAGGGGAGUUUAUGAUGUUAAUCUCGUGAUUAGGAUGUUAAGAGUGUUUGUUAAUGGCGAAGGAGUUUCAGUGCAGAGGUUGAAGAAAGCUGGGAAAUUGGUUGAUAUGUACUUGGGUGAAAUAUCACCUGACCAGAAUCUCAAGAUUUCUAAGUUUCUGGGAGUUGCAGAGAGCUUGCCUGAUUGUGCUAGAGACUGCUUUGAUGCGGCCUACAGAGCCAUUGAUGUCUAUCUUGAGGCUCAUCCAAAUCUUUCGUUCGAACAGCGGGCGAGAUUAUGCAGAUGCCUAAAUUACGAGAAGCUGAGCUUAGAAGCAUGUAAAGAGCUUGCCAAGAAUCCUAAAAUCCCACCAAGGUUUGCCAUUCAAGCACUUAUUUCUCAUAACUCCAAAAUAACACCAACACAGCCAAAACUGGUUGUAUAUCAGAGUCCACAUUCUCAUUUCCAUUCAUGUUCCGAUAUGGCUUGGCACAAGACCGGCGGGGCGGAAGAAGAGGAAUCGACGUCGUUAAACUUGCAGAGGAUGCAAUGGAGGGUGGUGGAGUUGGAGAAACUGUGCAGGCAAAUGAAGGGGCAAGUGUCAAGGAUGGUAAAACAUAAUGUCUUGACGACUAUCGCUCCAACUCACGGUAGAGCUUUUCCCAGACUUUGUUGAUCCUUCAUGUUUCAAAUAUUACUAAGGGUAAAACAGUAAAAGUAUGUUAUUAUUUUGUGUAUUCUCUUUUAUAUUUACUCUGGAGAUCAAAGUAUGUAAUUGGGGUUUAUUGCUUGUAAUUAUUCCAUUACCUGAUAAGAAUGAUUUCAUUUCA